AUGCCGGCAUACCACUCGAUCUUCCUGGGAGACCAAGGCGUGCAGACGAUAGGAAACUUCCCACUCCUCCCACUGCGCACCAAAACCCGAGGCCCAGCGUUCACACUCCCACAACUGCCGGCGGGCACGAACGCACUGGACGUGGACCCGGACUCGGAAUCGUACGACUGCCUGGACGAGAUCCUGUCAUUGUUCCGCGCCAACACGUUCUUCCGCAACUUCGAGAUCAAGGGCCCCGCGGACCGCAUGCUAAUCUACGGCAUCCUGUUCAUCUCGGACUGCCUGACCAAAGUCAAGCCGCACAUGGACGCCAAAGCCGCCGAGAAGGCGCUGAUCAACGGCGCCCUGGAGCAGUUCAGUCUUCCCGGCGAACCCGGCUUCCCGCUCAACCAGGCUUUCGAGGCGCCGCGCGACCGCAACGAGGCCGAGGCCUUGCGCAGUUAUCUCAGCCAGGUGCGUCAGGAGUUGGCCGUCCGGUUGCAUGCUAGAUUGUAUGAGAGUGGCGUCGGCCCGAGUAAAUGGUGGUUGAGCUUUACGAAGAGGAAGUUUAUGGGCAAGGGGUUAUAG